UCUAAUAUUAUCAUUAUUAUUUAUAUUUUUGAAAUAAAUUUGAGAGUGAUCUGAUUUUUUAAGAAAACCACAGAUAUGUGAUAUUUGGAAGGUCUCUAAGUUGUGUCAAAAAUUUUUGGGGAUUGUUUAGAUCUUAGGACAUGGGUUUUUUAUUUUUUAUUUUCAUGGAGCUUGGUUGUUUAACAAUGGAGGUUGGGCUCACUUGGCCUAGUCCAAGGACCUUAUGGGUGUUUAUCAUUUACUCUAUUUCUUAUAUCAAAUAUGCUAAUCUUUUUUUACACACUGAUUUUUUUUUAUAGAGUCAUUGGGUUCUGCAACAAUACCUGCUAGAAACUCUCCAUCCUAAAUGAGACAGUGGGAAAUUUAUGCAAGGAGGGGUGGUACUUAGCCUUGGAAAUCUCUCAACUCAGUAUGCUUGGGCUUUUGUUGGCUUAUCAGUCAUAGAAGUGAUCACUGCAAGCAUAAUAGUUGUUAUAGGAACAACCUCGAAUUACUUUUUAGACAAUAGAAUUAAUAGAGCUGAGAUCCUUUUCCCUGGCGUUGGCUGCUUCUUGGUUGCAGUUUGUCUUGCUUCUAUUGUCCACUCAUCUAAUGCAGCUGAUAAUAAAGAAAAGCUUGAAGGUUUUUCAUCUAAAGAGGGGUAUGUUUCAUUCAUUAAAUGUUAAGGUUAUCAAAGAAUUAUCUUGUUUUUAUUCAUUUUUAAAAAUAAAAUCAUCGAGCUUGUUGAGUGAUGCAAUUUUUACUUAAUUGUUUUGUUUGAUGGUGCACUUAAGGAUAAUGAGAAUGAGCAGAAAACUAGCUGUACCA